UUUAGAGAACUCGAGAGAGAUUUACGAAUACUCGCCUGAUUGCUUUCUCUGUCUCUCAAAUUGGCUCAUCCUCUCCAUUAGUUCAUCUCAAGUACCAAACAAGCUGCUUCGAUCUUCGUCUCUCUGCCCUCGUUUCUAAUUAUUGUUUCUAUCUUAAAUGGGUUCUUCUGAGAAGAGAUCAAAGGAUGUCAUGAGUGACAUACCAACCUUUAGUGGUGAGAAUUUGCAGAACAAUUUGAAAGUCAUACAGAACAGCCGGACGUUUCUGUCUAUCAUCGCUGGUGUCCUUGCUGGAAUAAUCGGAUUCAAUGGCUUGACUGGUUUUGUAUUUUACUUUGUUGUGAUGUUGAUCACAUCAGUUGGGCUCAUGGCUAAGGCAGGAUUCUCAGCAGACUUGUACUUUGAUUCGUGGAAUCGGGUCCUUUUUGACGGCUUUCUUGGUGGCCUUAUGUCGUUUGUGCUAUUCUGGACAUUUGCAUAUGACUUGGUGCACAUAUUCUGAGGGAACUUCCGCAGCAAAUGAAGAUGGUGAAACAACACACAAGAGUAAGUUCGGGAUUGCAGCCUCUUCAAGUAACUGGAUAGAUUGGACAAUGUGUCUCUGGUUCCCUUUUUGAACGACAGAUUAUGAGUUCGUAUUUUAUUUUUGUUUCAAAGUUACUUGAAAUCACAUCAGCUGUGAAAACCUUUAGAUUCAACAGUUUCAAGUAUUUUUUAGACUUACUCCAAGUAUACCUAAGGAUGCCUACCGAAA